CCUGGCAGCGUUGGGAAUCUCACCACCACGAUGACGGGCAGUUCGCUCGAGGCCAAAUGGGUGGCGCCAGCUUACGCUCCCGGAGAAGUCUCCAAAUACCAAUGGGUACUUUACACGGGCAGUUUUCCAACAAAAACAGAAACCGCCACGCAAACCACACAUACCUUCCAGGGGUUGGACACGAACAGCAUCUAUCGUGUGGGCGUCUCGGCCAUAAUUGCUCCGAACGACCAGCACCUUGGCGGUGGCAUGGGUCCCGAGAGUCUGAGUGAUUUCGUGGGCUCUCCCGUCGCAGUGCCUGAACCGGAGGCGCCAACUAUUCUCAAAGCCGAGGUCGUCGGCCCCAAUGCCAUAAAGCUCACCUGGACGGCGCCUAGCAAUGUCCUUGUGUAUUAUUACAAGGUUAUCAUAACUGAUGCGGGGGGCAUGAGCCGGACAGAAGUAGCGGCAGCAAGUGAUGUCCUCCGCCUUCUGACGGGACUGAAGCCAAACACGGAGUACAACAUUGUGAUGAGGGCAGCCAGUAUGGAGAAGGAAAGUGGGGACUCGAAACCUGCCACUGCCACAACUGCCCACGGUGUUUCCCACCGCUCCCUCGCCCUUCUACUCACCUCCUCAUUAAGCUUCUUCUUUUUCUUCUUCGUCCUCCUUAUCAUCUAA